AUGUCUCUCGGCCAGGUCGGUGAAAUCAAGGCCCACGCGGCCGAGUGGAAGGCCAACGUGACGGCCGAGUUCCGAGAGACGCGGCGGCGGCUCAGCGUGGAGAUCCACGACAAGCUGCAGCGGGCGGCCACCAUCCGCAGCAUGGAGCGCCGGCGCCUGGGCCUGGACCAGAGGGCCCACUCGCUGGACAUGCUCUCCCCAGAGAAGCGCUCUGUCUUCGCCGCUCUGGACACGGGCCGCUUCAAGGCCUCAUCCCAGGAGAGCAUCAACAACCGGCCCAACAACCUGCGCCUCAAGGGCUCCGAGCAGCUGAACAAACAUGGGCAGGGGGCCUCUGAGGACAACAUCAUCAACAAGUUCGGGUCCACCUCCAAACUCACCAAGAGGAAAAACAAGGACCUCAAAAAGACCUUGCCCGAGGACGUUCACAAAAUCUACAAGACCUUCCGGAAUUACUCCCUGGACGAAGAGAAGAAGGAGGAGGAGACAGAGAAGAUGUGUAACUCGGACCACUCCAGCACCGCCAUGCUGACCGAGUGCAUCCAGCAGCAGGCCGGGAUGGAGAACGGAAUGGUCCCCACGGACACCAAAGACAGGGAACUCGAGAACAACGCAUUACUUGAAGACAGAAACUAAAUGCUGAGGACCUAGGACUUGACCAAGCGUUGUGGUUUUUUUUUUUUUUUUUAUAUUCACCCUGAGACACGUGCCUUAAAUAGACUUCUCGUUAGUCCGAAAUUACAUAGCAUUGAAGAAUUUAUUUCACUGUGCCAUAAAUGACAGAGAAAGAUCGCUCUGCCAAAAGGAAUCAAAGAACAAGGACCGCACUUCCGACAGGGACCGCAGGACACGCCGGGAGUGUUCGCACAGGCAGGAGGUCGUGGCCACAAAAGUUAAGGGCAGGUGUGGGACGGUGCCACGCCCCCAGAGUGGCGCCGCCCGGGCCGGGCGUGGAGAAAGGGCAGCUAUUCCUUAGACCAGCCUUCUGGAAGGAACAGGUGUGUCUUUUACAUGGAGCCUCAUUUCCUGAACCUACCGUUAGAGAUAUGCACACACACAGAAGGGGACCGGAUGGGGGAUGAACUAGUACCUGCAAUGAGGGUUCGAGUUGACAUUGUGGCAUGUUGCUCUGAGCUUGAAUUUUGAUACACAUCCUUCAGUGCACACCUAGUCUUUCUAAGCUCCAAAUGAAUGUCCACGGGACCUGGGAGCACAUGGAAUUUGUGGGAAACAGAUCAGAGCACACGUAUUAAAAGGUGCAAUUGCUUUCCUCAUUACAAAAGAAAAAAAAAAUCACAAAUGCAUCACACUGUGGAUAUCACCUUAACCAAUGACAGAAGCCUACUGAAUUUUGUCUAUUGAUGAAUGACAAAUGAACUUGCAAGCGUUGGCGAAAACUCAGCCUCAUUCGCUGCAUGGUUACAGGCAAAAAUCAUGCAUUUUCCUCAGUGGGUGCAGUGGUGAAAAUAAACUGGUUUUGAAAUGUCCAUGUUCACUUUUCUAGUGGAACUUCGGUUAUAACUUGUUUUGAUAAGAGGGGGAAAAAAUACCAAAAUGAUUGCCUUGCAUGAUGCCAGGGGCUUGCUGUUCUGUCUAGCUGACCCUAAAUUUUUAUAAAAAUAGACAUCCUGCAUGUCUGAGACAUACCAAGGAGGACCAUGGCAUCAUUCCAUCUCAGGGCUUUUUGUCCCUUUGGGUGUCUUACGGUAGACAUAGUGACGAGGUCCAAUCUUGCUAUCUCCAAACAAAAGAAAAAAAUCCCCCAACCAACUCUUGUACAAGAAAAUGGAAUUGUUUUAAUUGCUUGCAGCUUAAGUGCCAUUAAUGCCAUUUAAAAACUAAUGCUUAAAAGAAGU